AUGGCGCGCACUCGAGCGGGUGUGAAGAGCCAGCAACAUUAUACCGACGACAAUACAUCGGGGCGUACCCUUCGCAAGCAGGCUAGAGUAGACUACACCGAUCAACUCGACUUGGAGGUCGAAGUCAAAGGCAAGCGCCCAUCACGCAUUCUCAACACUAAUGCCCUGUUACGCAAGCCCAAAGCAAAGACCACGGACCUUCAGGCAACAAAUUGGCCAACUUGCCCGCUGUUGGAUCUACCUGGCGAGUUGCGGAACCGCAUCUUCGAGUACGCGCUUGGCGGCUGCACCAUGCAUAUCUGGACUGAGGGGCGCGAUGAAGUUGGCGAAUACGUACUGCACCGCAAGACUUGCUGCCGAGGAUUCUCUCCCAAGGAGGGUGCUCAGUGCAUCAAGAAAGAGGACGAAGGCGAUCCUUGGGAGAGUUAUCAUUCCACGCAUCAAGACUGCGACAAUACCACGCAGGCCGGUCCGGCCUUCGCGCUGCUACAAAUGUGUCGUCAAGUCCACGCCGAGACCGCGCUACUUCCGUUUGCUCUGAACACCUUUGCCUUCGAUGACACUGAGGAAGUCGAAUUUUUCAUCAAGCGCCUCAUUCCGAAGCAGGGCCGCGCGGUUCAGCACAUAUCUAUCCGGCUUGCCUGGACAGAAGACCGAGAUGCUGAUUCCGAGGACCAGGAAUAUCAAAAGGAAGCACUGCGGCGUCAGAAGCUCUUCAAGAGAAAACUGCUUAGCCUGCAAAGCCUGACUCUCCUCGCUGAGUUCGAGAACGAGAUUCGGUUUCUGAACGGCGAGCACGAAUCGCGAGCUCAGGCGGCGAUGGUGUUUGGCAUGCUGGAUCUCGAACGCGUGACUGUUGCCGUGUACAAUAGUGAGGAAGCGAAUGAUCUUUUGGAUGAUGAUCAUCUCAUUCAUGGAAACCUGUUGCGGGAUUGGGAAGACGGUCUUGAGGCGGAGCUCAAGAAGGAUUGGGCUAUCAUUGUGAAGGAGGCCGAGGCAGAGAGAAAGGGGAAGCGAAAGUAG